CUUUGCUGGGAUCCGCUUGUGUGUGUGUGUAUGAGUGUGUGUCGUUCAAGCGGAAAUAUGAGCGCUUCCUCAUCGUCGUCCUCGAACCCGGACCAGCGGCUGGAACACCUCCUGAGCGCCGUGGAGAGCGAGUUCCAGAAGGGUAGCGAGAAGGGCGACGCGUCCGAGAGGGAUAUUAAACUGUCGCUGGAGGACGCCGACUUGUGGAACAAGUUCAAGGAGUUGACCAACGAGAUGAUUGUGACCAAAACGGGACGGCGCAUGUUCCCGGUGCUCAGGGCCAGUGUGAGCGGCCUUGACCCAAACGCCAUGUACUCGGUGCUGCUGGACUUCGUGGCGGCAGACAACAACCGCUGGAAGUACGUAAACGGCGAGUGGGUGCCUGGCGGUAAACCGGAGCCGCAGAGCCCCAGUUGCGUGUACAUCCACCCGGACUCGCCCAACUUCGGCGCGCACUGGAUGAAGGCGCCCGUGUCCUUCAGCAAAGUCAAGCUGUCAAAUAAGCUCAACGGCGGGGGACAGAUUAUGCUCAACUCCUUACACAAAUAUGAGCCCAGAAUACACAUCGUAAAGGUAGGAGGCAUCCAGAAGAUGAUCAGCAGCCAGUCUUUCCCAGAGACACAGUUCAUCGCCGUCACCGCUUACCAGAAUGAAGAGAUUACAGCCCUGAAGAUAAAGCACAACCCCUUCGCCAAGGCCUUCCUGGAUGCCAAAGAAAGGAGUGAUCACAAGGACAUGCCCGACCAUAGCGUGGACAGCCAGCAGUCGGGCUAUUCCCAACUGGGAGGUUGGUUCCUGCCGGGCCAGAGUCCCAUCUGCCCCAGCAGCAGCCCGCCACAGUUCAGCGGUACGGCAGGCCACUCGUCAGGCUCCUACUGCGAGCGCUACUCGAGCCUGAGGAGCCACCGGGCCAGCCCGUACCCCAGCCACUACCCCCACCGCACCUCCAGUACCAACAACUACAUGGACAACACCUCUGGUACCUUGGCCCCAACCCACGACAGCUGGUCCGCCCUCCAGAUCCCAAACUCCACGGGCAUGGGCACCCUGUCCCACACCACCAACUCCACGUCCAACUCUAGUCAGUACCCCAGUUUGUGGUCCGUGGCUGGCACCACUCUCACCCCGUCGGGUUCGGCGUCGGGCUCCAUCCCGGGCGGUUUGACCUCACAGUUCCUGAGAGGAUCCUCCUACACGGGCCUGACGUCCUCGCUGCCAGUCUCGUCACCGUCCUCCAUGUACGACCCAGGGCUGGGCGAGGUGGGCGUCGGGGUGGGUGACGCGCAGUUCGAGAGCUCCAUCGCCCGGCUGACGGCUUCGUGGACGCCCGUGGCACAAAGCUACUGAAGAGGGUCCCGUUGUUUUUUUCCCACUAACAUCCAAGUGUAUAUCUUUGUACAUAGACUAAAUUAACUCGCCGUGAUGUGUAAACGUGCCUUUUCGGAUUUAAGUGCCUUCCUUGCGAGGGGUAGCAUGUCUUCCCCCUGCACAUGUACAUAAUUAUU